AUGCCCGCCUGGAAGUCUCUCGUGAGCCUGCUGGCGCUCGCCGGCAGCGCGGCAUCCUGUGCUCACCACGGCGACGCCGAAGUCGUCCCCGAGCAUGAGCGCGAGGAGCUGCUGAAGAAGUGGGAUCAGGAGUGGUCCUUCACCGGCAUCGCCAGCUUCGCCCACCUCAAGCCCGUCAAGUGUCUCAUCGAGCCCACUGAGAACUAUGACAUCGCCGUGAUCGGCGCACCCUUCGACACAGCCGUCAGCUACAGACCCGGCGCCCGCUUCGGUCCGCGCGCCAUCCGCGCCGCGUCCGCUCGCCAAAUGGCAGGAACAAGUUACAACACCCGCGCGGGAAUCAACCCAUACAAGUCCUGGGCCAAGAUCACCGACUGCGGCGACAUCCCCAUCACGCCCUUCGACAACGGGCUGGCCGAGCGCCAGAUGUACGAAGCCUUCCUGGAGCUCGGCUCCCGCAAGACGGUGAACAAGGCGCCCAAGGGCGAGAAUACCAUCGGCUCUGGACACCCCAAGCUUGUUACUCUCGGUGGCGACCACAGCGUUGCGCUGCCUGCGCUGCGUGCUCUGCAUAAGAUUUACCAGAAGCCGAUUACGGUGCUGCACUUCGAUGCGCAUCUCGAUACGUGGAACCCCGUGCGCUACUCCGCGUAUUGGCAGAGCGAGCAGACCCAGUUUAACCACGGCAGUUUCUUCCACAAGGCUAGUCGGGAGGGACUGAUCUGUAACGCUACCUCUGCGCAUGCGGGUCUGCGCACGAGACUUACCGGUGUUGAUGCGGGAGAUUAUACGAACCCCGGACCUGAGCAGGGCUUUAUUCGGAUCCAUGCUGAUGAUAUCGAUGAUCUUGGUCCGAUGGGUGUGGUUGAUACUAUUAUCCAGCGUACUGGUCUUGAUCCCGAGCAGCCUGUUUAUCUUUCUGUUGAUAUCGAUGUGUUGGAUCCUUCGACUGCGCCCGGUACUGGCACGCCUGAGCCGGGUGGUUGGACUACGCGUGAGUUCAUUCGCAUUCUGCGUGGACUUGAGAAGUUGAAUCUUGUUGGCGCGGAUAUUGUGGAGGUUAGCCCUGCUUAUGAUAACAAGGGUGAGACUACUGCUCUGGCCGCGGCGCAGGUUGCAUUUGAGAUUAUUACUAGCAUGGUUAAGGCUGGUGUUGAUGAGGAUCUUGGCGGGUGGUACGGUCACCUUAUGGACAGUGCUGUUGUUGGUGAGGCUGAGGCUGAGGCUGAGGACAAGGUUGCCAAGGAUGAACUCUAA